CUCACUCGAUCACAGACCAAGGCCAUGGACCGGAAGGCGGGAGAAUCCCUCCUGGCCUAUGAGGAACGCCUGGCGGCAUUCAUUCAAGAGGCCAACGAUAGGGCYRCCGCCGCGGCCAAGGAACGUAAUCGGCUCGAACAAGAGGAGGAGGCCAAGCGAYAGAAGGAGGAAYAGGACCGACUUCGUCAAGAAGAGGCAGACCUGCAGGCGGCAGCCGAACACCGGUCACGCCAGCGGGAACGACUGUUCACGCGGGAGACCGUGAUCGGCGAUGAGGCCGCACAUUGGGUGGAAGUGACAUCUGCAGACGGGGCCCCGGAGACUGAGAAAGGGUUGUCAGCCCUUGCGCAGGUCUCCCAUGACCUCGUGGCCACCUGCGCUCUGCAGCAGGAGGAAAUCCUUCACCUGCAGCAGACCGUGGACCAGAUGCUCGCACGGCUGCAGGCAUUGGACAAACAGCCAGCUGCUGUAGCAGCCGCAGGGCCUUCCACCCUUACCACCCGUGUGCAAGUUUUGGAGGAUGACGUCAGCAACAUCAAACGUGUGCAUCAGGACUUCUGGACGUCGCAGCAAGCAACGAACUUGCAAUUGGAGACGCAGCGGCGGUCCGGGGGGGAGCUCGUCAACCUCAACGAUUGUCCUCCAGGCAGUGCAGAAGGUAUGUCCCCGCAAUACAGCCCGGGGUUGCAGGCAAUUGCCAUUGGCGGCGAUGGUGGCUUGGACAUGUCCUCGAGCCAGCCUCGCCAAGUGCUUCAUGGUGGCAUAGCGGGGCGUGGCAUGCCUGUUAGCGGCACGAAUGGCUCUCACGAGUGGUGUGUGACUGGAUACACAGCUCCCCGCGGGUUGUCGUCGUCCGUGUCAGGGCCUUACUCUGGGAACGGCUCCAGUGUCACGUGGGGGGGUCUCCCGAUAGAGGCAUUGUUCCCUACGUUGAUGGGUGCUCAAGGACAACAGGGUCCUGUGGAUUGGUCGGGGGCGCCACAGUUCCUUCCUCCGCAGAUGAUGGGUGCUCAAGGACAACAGGGUCCUGUGGAUUGGUCGGGGGCGCCACAGCAGUUCCUUCCUCCGCAGAUGAUGGAGCAUCUUCUGCGUGGCUGCGCAGUCGGGCAGGGUAUCGGACAGCACACCGGCCCAGGAACUGUCCCUCAUGGGACAUCAUCGGCGCCAUCACAAAAUGAACGGCAAGCGACAUUGCCUGCGCCUUCCCCACAGCCAUUUGCGGCAGCACUAACCGAAGAGCAGUGUACGGACAAGUUCCCUGCAAGUGUGCCCGUACCAUCGCCGGUGAAGCCAGCAGAACCGGGGCUCCAUGUGCGAGCACAUCACCAGUGCAGGUCAGCGUCCCCCGUGCAAAUACGAAGGGGACAGGGGGGAAAGGAAAGGGGAGGGCUCGCAGCUCCAAUGUCCAGGGCGCGCAACCUGGUGGUGGGUCGUCUAUGCAUCCUGUGGAGGUUGGUGGUGACGACUCAGAGGGAGGCGAUCCGGGCGCACCUGGCGGGUCUCAAGACGAUGACAAUGAUUCCUCAUCGCCUGGCGGCUGCACCGUUUGGCAGACGGACGAACUCAUCGCCCUCAUCAGAUGCAAAACGCAGGUUGAAGAAGGUCCCUUUUUCGAUGCGGAGGGAGGUGUACGAUGUGUUCACUGAGCUCUUCGGAGAUGAUCCGUCAAUCACCCCAACACAUCUUGCAGAUACGGGUCUUCCACACCAACCGCGGGGGGAUGGUUCCAGUGGAGCGGAGAGUAGCACAGCGGGUUCAAGUGGUAAGCGGAGGAAGACAGUGCGCGAGAAGGUGGCAACUGGUAUGGCUGGCGCGAUCGAAGGGCUGGGCUCAACAACAACAGCAUCGAUAGAUCGCUUUGCGGAGAAGCAAGACAAAUCGGACGAAAAGUUUGUGGGCGUGCUGAUGCUGCUUGUAGAAAAAAUGGGCGCCAAUGCAACCCUCAUUGCGAACGCUAUUUCCACGUGCAAGAACACUCCCGCUGAUCAUCCGGCACCUUUUUAGAUAGCCGCAGUCAUGUGUGGCGCAAUCCUUCGUCACGGCCAUUAUUAUUUUGUCGGCUUGAUUAUUGAGUAUUUACUAUU